AACAAACAAAUAAAAACCUUAAAAAAUUUAAUCACAAAUUUCAAAAAGAAAAAAGAAAAGAAAAGAAACCCCAUUAUAAUUUUCGACCUUAUAAAUCAGAAUAACAUUUCAAAAAUAUCUCUUUCGCUAUCUCCUCUUCCAAUUUCAUGUUCAUUUCCCUCUCUAGGGUUUGCAAUCGAGUCCCUCAAUUUUUGAUUAAUCAAGAUUUGUUUUAUAUCAACUGGGUUGGCGAUAGAUUUUGAUUAGGGUUUCGUGAAAUUGAGCAAUUUGUUGUCUAGGUUCGGAAUGUCGCUGUUGUUAAAAGGCGAUUCGAUUCAGAUUCGCGAGGUGUGGCACGAUAAUCUUGAGGAGGAAUUCGCUCUUGUUCGCGAAAUUGUGGAAGAUUAUCCUUUUAUAGCGAUGGACACGGAAUUUCCCGGCAUUGUAUUGCGUCCCGUUGGAAAUUUUAAGAAUAGCAAUGAUUUUCAUUAUAGAACGUUGAAGGAAAAUGUUGAUUUGUUGAAGUUGAUUCAGUUGGGUCUUACUUUCUCGGAUGAGCAAGGGAAUUUGCCCACUUGUGGAACCGAUAAAUUCUGCAUUUGGCAGUUUAAUUUCCGCGAAUUCAGUGUCAACGAUGAUGUUUUCGCUAAUGAUUCAAUUGAGCUAUUGAGACAGAGUGGGAUUGAUUUUAAGAAGAAUAAUGAUAAUGGUAUUGAUGCAAUGCGAUUCGGGGAGCUCUUGAUGUCUUCCGGGAUUGUGUUGAAUGACAAUGUGCAUUGGGUGACUUUCCAUAGCGGGUAUGAUUUUGGUUACUUGCUUAAGCUAUUGACAUGCCAGCGUUUGCCCGAUACGCAAGAGGGGUUCUUUAGCAUGAUCAAUAUGUACUUCCCGACCCUGUAUGAUAUCAAGCAUUUGAUGAAAUUUUGCAAUAGCCUUCAUGGCGGGUUGAAUAAGCUUGCGGAGUUGUUGGAAGUUGAGAGAGUAGGGAUUUGCCAUCAAGCUGGUUCCGAUAGUUUGCUCACAGCUUGCACAUUCUGGAAGUUAAAAGAGAAUUUCUUUAGUGGCUCCAUGGAGAAAUAUGCCGGUGUGCUGUAUGGUUUAGGUGUUGAGAAUGGACAGAGUGCUCAUUGAUUUUGAAAAUAAUAAAAAAAAUCCUAAAAAAAUUAUUAGAAAGAUGCUCGUUCAACUGUAAGCGUGUGUGCUUGGCACCCACAGUUCAUGUACACUUUUUUAUCUUCAAAUUUUAUGAAUUUAUGAAGAUUUAAUAUUUCUACUA